GGGUGCGUUAUAGAACACAGCCACCUCAAAACUGGGUUUUGACCAUUUCUUCAUCUGUGUCGAGUCUAAAGCCUGAGGAAUUUAGCCUGAUUGCGUUGUCUACCAUCGCAGGCCAACAGAUACUGCGAUUUGUCUGAACCAGUCUAAUAUUCCGAGUCCAACUGGUCGAACUGGCUGUUACGAUGCCCCACGCGAACUUACAAUCCACUGUUAGUAGGAUGGAACCGAAUGAACGACAUUAAUCUGAACUGCGAGGUCCAUUUGAACGUCAAAUUUAUUUGUCAAUUGGAAUAUCAAAAACAUGCCGAAAAAUACAUCGUUCUCAAAUACUGGAUGUCCUCUUGAUUUUAUUCUCGGAGUUCGAUGUACAUGUGUGCGAAAAUCGUCCUGAAUCCAUGUAUGCUCGAUGCCCCACUUGCAAAGUUGACCCAGACGCAUAAAGCCUUCAAAGGACCUGCCUCGCGAACAUUCUUUGGGGGACCAUAUGUGGCUUAGCACCGUGAAUAUUAUGUGCCUGCAGACCUUUGGGAAAUAUCCCACAUUUCGGCUGAAAUGACGUUGAGCCUAUGAUGGCCAUUCCUUAGAACUGAACAUGGAAAAUACGUACCUUGUCCAGCAUGUGCUCACUCCAGACAAUGGCAUUCGCGCGCAAAGGCCAUACGUGUCCUUGACUCCACCGUAAUGCGUGCGCUGAGCCUCAUUUGCCCUACAAGACCCUUCCUCCCCACCCUGCUAUACGUAUGCUCCAUUGGACUGAAGACUAUGGCAGAUCCAGGAGUAAAGAAAUACGACAGACGGUACUGCGGGCAAAAAUUGUGCGAUCUAUCACUUCCUCCUGCUAUCGCAAGCAUCUAUGCCAGAGCCGCCUUGCCCGCUGAGAAGCAGUGAUGACCGCAGCAAGGACAGUCUUCAGCAGACCUUCCCUAAGUCAAUCACUACAACGCUAGACUGGA